AUGAAUAAUAGUAUAAUCGAUGACCAAUGUACUAUAAUUCGAGAUAGUGGAGCAAAAAUUAGUAUUGAAUUAUUAAAAACAUCAUUUGAUUUAUUUGUUUCUGAAUUAAAACAAAUCGAUGAUAUUGAUAUGAAAAAUAAUUUAAUUGAACAAAUGGUUUGUUCAUUAUCAGUUGUACCUUAUCGAAAUAAAAAACUUGCUGAUUUAAAAUUAUUAAAUCAUGAAUUUUAUUUUAUUUUACGUGAUAAAAUUCUAAUUGAAAAUUUACGUGAACGACAUAUUGAAGAUAAAAUUUACCCAAAAGUUUUAUUAGAUGUUUUAAUUUUCUUUAUGAAUUUAUCUUGUAAUAUAAAUAAUAAUAAUUUAAAUGAAUUUAAAUAUUUAUUUUUUCAUAAAAUCUUAAUUAAUGAAAUUGGAAAUUGUCUUAAUGAAAUGAGUACAUAUGGAAAAUAUCUUGAUAAUAAUUUAAUAAUUCGAUCAAUAAAUUAUUUAUUAAUUUUAUUUAAACAUUUUCAUGCAUAUGAUAUAACAAAAGCUGAUUAUUUAUCAAUUUCUCCAAUAUUUUAUGGUGUUAUUCAAUGUUUAUGUUGUUCAUAUUCAAUUGAUUUAAUUAAAAGUUUAAAACAAAGUUUUAUUCAAAAAUUAAAUGAUAAUCAAAUCUUAUUUCUUUGUUCAAUGCCAUAUUAUUUACAAUGGUAUUCAGAUUAUUAUCAUCCAGAAAAUAUUAUUAAAAUUUUAAGAAUAUUAUUAAAUGAAUUUACUAUAUGGAUGACAAAUUGUCAUCCCGAUACGUAUUAUCAAUGUUCAUCUCAACUUGCAAAAAUGAUUCGUCAUCUUACUUAUCUUUUUGUUCGUCCUCUUAAAUCUGAUUAUAUCAAUAUAUUAUGUCAAGAUUUUUAUCAUGAUUAUUGUAAAUUAGUCUUACAUUGGUCAUUAAUAUUAUCAUCAAUAUUAUCAAAUUCUUUUAAUAAAUAUAAUAUUAAAUUAAAUAUAAGAAUUAUUGUUCAAAAUUUAUAUAAUUUUACUUUACAUUCCAAUGUAUUAAAUUUUAUGAAAACAAUUUCAAAUUUAAUUCCAAUGCUUUUACAAAUGACUGAUAUUCAAAAUGAUGAAAUACAAUUAAAUGUUUAUAGAUGUUUAGGAAAAAUUAUGAUAGAAACAGAUAUUAAAACAAUGGCAAAUCCACAAAAAAUUGCUUCUAUGUAUAUUGAUUAUAUUAAUAAUACGAUGAAUGAUUUCAAUAAAACAGAACGAUUUACUAGUUUAUUAAAAAGUUUAAUAAAUUUUGUUCAACAUGAUCAAGUAAAAAUUGAAUUAAUUAAACAAAAUGCACUUCCUUUAUUAAUAAAAUGUGUUAUUGAAAUUCGAUUUGAUCCAAUAAAUGUUCAACAAAUAGCUUUAGAAAUUCUUCUUGCUCUUGCAUUUGAUAAUAAUGCUUUAGAAGUUUUAAAACAAAAUGAAAUUUUUAUGAAUCAUAUUCAAAUCUUAAGUAAUAAUUCAAAUUCAACAACAAUAAGUUUACAACGAGCAGCUGAAAGACUUCUGUGGAAAUUAGAAAAAGAAGAAAAAUGUAUUAAUAAAUCAAUUGUUUCUAAUAAUAAAUAUAAAUAUGAUAUAAUGAUAAGUUAUUCACAUAAAGAUAAAGAUUUAUGUUUUCAAAUUCAUGAACAAUUAAUUAAAGAUGGAUAUUCUGUAUGGAUUGAUAAAGAUUGUUUACGUGGAUCAACAAUGAUUGGUAUAGCAAAUGCGAUUGAAAAUUCUCAUAAUGUACUUAUUUGUAUGUCAAAUAUGUAUAAACAAAGUGUUUAUUGUCAAUCGGAAGCACAUUAUGCAUUUGAACGUGGUUGUCGUCUUAUUCCAAUUGUUUUAGAAUCAAAUUAUCAACCUGAUGGAUGGCUUGGAAUUCUUGUUAGUGGAAAAAUUUAUGUUAAUUUUACUAAUCAAGAAUUUACAUUAGCUUAUGAAAAAUUAAAAAAUGAAAUAAAUCAUUAUCAACAUCAAAAUUUCAAUAUAUUAUCAAAUAUCAAUGAGUCAAAUGAAAUUAUUUUCAGCAAUACGAAACAAGAUCAAUCAAAUUUUCAAUCAGAUUUACCUAAAUGUAUUAGUGAAUGGAGUUGUGAUGAUGUGAAAUUAUUUUUUAUGAAAAUCAAACUGGAUAAAACAAUUCUUCUUCUAUGUACACAUAUGGAUGGUCAUCGUCUUCUUGAAUUAUAUGAAAUGUGUCUUAUAAAUCGUGAAUCAAUGUAUCAAUCACUAAAAUUUGAACUGAAUGAAACAUAUCAUACAUUAUUAUUAAUUUCUGAUUAUCUUACAUUUCUUCAUGAAAUUAAAUUCUAUGUUCCAUUAACUUCGACAAAUGUUCAAGCUACACAAUCUUCUAGACUUUCAAUUACAUUUUGUAAUGUUUUGUAA